AUGUCUCAAAAUCGGCAAAUUGCAUUCGUACUUACAAUCAACCAAGUUAAUGAAUUGUUGAAUUUGGCAGAAGCAGCGACACCAAUGGAAUAUGAGUGCGAUGGAAAUCAAUUCAGCAUUAACCCGUUAGAAGUGACUGUCAGCGCUCUGACUAGAGUUGCAGAAGCAACAGAAAAUUUUAAACCUUUCGCACCAUUAAUUGAGAUAUUUUUUAAAUUAGGGGAAGAUAUUGUAACGUUAUAUCAAAAAGCUGAACAUAAUGAACAUUUAUCUAGUUAUUUAACAAAACGUGUAAAUUCUGCUGUGGCAGUUAUAAAAGAUUUAGAAAUUCGAAAGCAAGAGAAUCAAGAAUUUUUUAAAGAGUCAGCUAAUCUUCAACUUAUAAAGGAUUUCCUAAAAUGCAUGCUUGAUAUUAGAAAAUUUGUUGCUGAUGUUUCUCAGCUCGGUUCAUUUGGUACCUUCUUUAAUUCUAAUAACAUUAUACAAAAGUAUAAGGAUUUGUCGAGUAAAUUUGAUGGCUACAUGAAUUCUUUGAAUUUGGCAAUUAAUAUGAGUACGAUUCGGUAUUUUCAGAGCUUAAAUCAAGAGACUGGAGAGUUGUUAGAAUAUGCUAAAGAGAUGAAGGACGAUUUUAAUGUUAUGAAUAAAGAGACAGAGCUACAAUAUCAAAUCAAAGUUAUUCGUACCGAUUUGACAAAAAUGAAAAAGGUUUGGACGGCAACUGUGAUGCUAUGUAAAAUCUUGAUGUUCAUGCAUGAAAUGUCUGAUAGUAAAUCUGGUUCAGAUACUUUUACAAGCAUGAAAAGAAUUAGGGAUUUAAAUGUUCGUUAUCAACGGGACUUACGUAAAGGUGCUGAAGUCUCAAUUGAACAUCGAUCCUUUUUAAAACUAGAAGAUUACGAACCAAAAUUCGAAUGUCCACCACGUGGUAAGACCAUACAUUGUAGAUGGAAUAGUGCAUUCCUUUUAGAAUAUGCAUUCAAAGAAAUUCCUCAGAUCACCGAUGAUCAAAAAAAAGACCUCAGUCAACAAGUUGCUAUUCUGAAAGAAUUAAAAGAUUCUGAACACAUUAUUAGAUUUUAUGGAAUAGCUGUGUCUUCUGACGACCUAAAAUAUUAUUUGGUAACAGAAUGGAUGGAGAAUGGUAAUUUACGGGAAUAUUACAAAAAUAAUAAAUUGGAUUGGA